CUAGCACGGGGUCCCUUUUCACAUCUGCGUGAAGGACCGCGACGAGCCGGAGGCAGUGGUGGCGCCCCAUGGUUUGUCAUUUUCUGCUCAUGGCGAUUUCCGAAACGGCGACGCCGGCGAGCGGCGUAGAAUCUGGAUCGACGUCGGCGGCCAGAGAUCUAGGAGCGCGCUUGGGGGCGUCCAUCUCGGGCGGCGGCAUCGCCGCGGCGGCCGCCUCGGUCGUAGGCUCCCCGGAUACAGUCGUGCGAGCGUUCUCUCCUGACAUCCGUCCGCUGGAUCAGGGGGGCGCGCAGCGGGGGGAAGUGAGGGGUUCUCCUGAUGUAGAGUUCUCCGGCGGGUCCUGCACACUUUCAGCUCUGGGGAGGCGUUGUGGCAUCCAGGAGUGCCGCUGGGUCGGCGCCGCCCGUUGUCUCAUGCGGCUCGGUACAGUCCUCCCCCAAUGUGCCCGAGUAGCCGCAAGCACCACCAUCAGAGUUGGCUGGAAGCGCAGGGAAAGAGGGCCACAAGGACCAGACGAGCGGUCGGUAAUAGUUGAUCGUGUGCCGGCACUAGAAGCUGCCAUAAGAGGAUUUGCUGACAGGGGAACUGAUGUAGUUGUCAACCCCGUGCUUGGCAUAAUUUUCGAUUCUCUGCCAGAGGCGUAUGAAUUUUACAAUCUUUAUUCAUGGGAAGUUGGCUUUGGGAUUCGUUACGGCAAGAGCAGGCAGAAUGUCAAUGGGACCAAGUGUAUGCAGGAGAUCGUAUGCGGCUGUGCUGGCAAACCAGAGAAGGAGAACAGCUCGUCCAUGAGGAGCAAUUGUGCCGCCAUGCUGCGUCCGCACCAGACGGAUGACGGGGAAUGGUAUGUAUCGGAGAACCGUGCUUCUCACAACCAUGAACUGCUUCGGACUUGUGGGGAGAAGCUGCACUGGCCAUCACACCGGUGCAUUGACACAUACACCAGGGACCUUGUGAAGCAGUUGCGAUAGAACAAUGUUAAUCUGGGGAAGGUGUACAGCAUCAUUGGCAGUCUGUUUGGGAGAAUGGAGAACGUGCCGUUUACGAAGAGGUGCCUUAGAACUUUCUGUGGAAAGCUUAGUAGGGAGCAGGCAGAUGAUGAUGUACGCAAGACUAUGGAUGCAUUCUCCGAGCUGGGGUCAAAUGAUCCAGAGUUCUCGUAUGUGGUUGAGGUUGAUAAAGAAAGCAAGCUAAAAACCCUGCUGUGGACUAAUGGUAGAAGCAAGAUGCAGUACCACAAUUUCGGUGAUGAAAUAACAUUUGACACAACUUACAAGACAAAUCUAUAUGACAUGCCUUUCGGGUUGUUUAUGGGGGUGAACAAUCACUUCCAGAGCACCAUCAUGGGGGGGGGGGGUCAUGAUGAGGGAAGAAACAAUUGAGAGUUUUAAUUGGGUAUUCACCGAGUUUAUUAGACUGAUGGGUGGCAGGCCUCCAAAAACAAUACUAACCGAUCAAGCACGGGCCAUGGAGGUCGCUAUAGAACAAACGAUGCCUGAUACCACACACCGCUGGUGUAAGUGGCAUGUGCUUCAGAAGGCGAAAGAGCACCUCAGGCCGCAUUACACGCAACGGAGUGAUUUUAGGGCGGCGUUGCACGAGGUUGUCAAUGAAAUGCUAACUGUCGAUGAGUUCGAAGCUGCUUGGGCUGAACUGCUUGACAGAUACAAGCUCCACAACAACACCUUCCUGAUCCAGAUUUUCGAGGUUAGGCACAAGUGGGCAAAACCUUAUUUUAGUGGCAAGUUCUGUGCGAAGCAAACCAGUACGCAAAUGAGCGAAAGUGUGAACCAUUUGUUGAAGGGCUACAUUCCCCCGGCUUGCCCCAUGAACCUAUUUGUGAAACAAUACAGCAAGUUGCAGUUCGACCGAGAAGCUGAAGAAGGGUUCCAAGAGAAGAGAACAAGGGCUGUGUAGUUCUCCGAUACAAUUUCCCUUUGGAAGAGCAUGCGAGCCACGUGUACACCCGGACGAUGUUUGAGAUGUUUGGUCAGGAUUUGUACCGUGCGGGAAGAUAUGAUGUCGAGGAAGUUGAACGAGGCACGAGGUACCAUGUGCGGCACAUUGAAGCUGAGAAGCGAGAGAAGUGGUGCCGCGAGAUGCAUGCUGUCGAUGUCCAUGAAGGUGGCGCUCAGUACACAUGCGAAUGCGGCUUGUUUCAGCACAUGGGGAUGCUUUGUUGCCAUGCUAUCAAGGUUCUUCUUCAUUUGAGGGUGCGGAAGAUACCUAGCUUUCAUGUGAUGAAGCGAUGGACAAUAGAUGCCCGCGACAACUUGCCGCUUCACCUCAUCCAUCACCAGACAGAUCAAGGCCCUCCGUGGUUGUCAUCCUACCGGCAUACUGCACUACACCUGACAGCACUCGAGUUUGUGCAACUCAGUGACAGCAAUGUUGAUGCAUUCGAUAGAGCAAUGGACAUUUUAAUUGCAGGCAAGGCUGAACUGACCGUUUUGGCAGCGAUCAAAGAUGGCAAAAGUUUGGUUGACCAAACCCAAGUUGGAGAGUCAGCCAAUCCAACCAUGACUAUGAUGGCAGACGGCGCGCAUCAAGAAGAUGAGCGUUCUGAGAUGUUCAUCUCAGCUGAAUGUGGCCUUGGAUCUGUCUCCGUGGGAGCUGAUUCCAGGCGUCCAUUAUCCACUUUAUUGGCCCCUGAUAGGAUGAAGCAGAAGGGGAGGCCGACAACGGCGAGGGGCAAGCCUGGAUAUGAGAUCAAAGACGCGCGAUCAAGAUUUUGCACUCUUUGUAGAGAGAAAGGGCACAAGAGCACGACGUGCCCCCGCAGGGGGGACCUUCCUAAGAAACCCCGCAAAAUCCCUACAUGUGGCAAUUGCGGUGUGGCUGGGCACAAGAAAACAAGUUGUUUCAACCCAGUGUUGCCGUUUGUGAAGAGGCCUCGCGACGGACCAAUGGAGUGAUGUCCAUUUCAUGAUAUGAUGCAAAAUUUGAUUGAAUCAGUCGAGAGUAUUAUGUUUUCUGCUUGUUAGGACUGUUGGCUUGUAAUUCUAAUAAAUGUUUUGCUUGUCUUUGGGGUACUGGACAUAGGUUGCUGUUUUUUAGCCGUUAUUUCGGUGUUUUAGUUUCGGAGCCUCAGGGCGUGCUGUAGAUUUGUUAACUUUUCAAGUGAUGUUCAAUUUCAGCUACUUAGGACUCA